UUGUCUCUGUCAAAGAAGCUGCAGGAUUCAAGGAGAAACCGACAUGUUUAAAAUCACCCCUUUGAUCCAAACUGAAGAAAAUUGAACCCAAGAACAAAAAAUAAAAAUGGCAGAAUUUACAGGUUAUAAGGAGACUUCAAAUCGCCAUCUUCGAUUCAAGUUACAGAGUCUUGGCCGUCGUCUUGAUGAACUGGAAGAAGCAACAAAAAAUCUCCAGAAAGCAGAGGAUGAGCUUCUUGACCUUCAGGACAAAGUUAUCCAGGCAGAAGGCAGCAAUUCUAGCAUGCUGGCUGACGUAGAAGUUCUGAGAAAAAGAGUGCUGAAAAUUGAAGGCAAGGAUGAAGAAAUAAAAAAAGCUGAAGAGCUCUGUCAGUUGAUGAAGGAAAAACUGGAGGAGGAGGAAAGUCUCACUCGAGAACUUAAAUCAGAAAUUGAACAACUUCAGAAGAGAAUGGCAGAACUGGAAAAACUGGAGGAAGCUUUCGGCAGGAGCAAGAAUGAUUGUACUCAGCUGUGUCUGAGCCUUAAUGAAGAAAAAAAUUUGACCAAAAAAAUAUCUACAGAGUUGGAAAUACUUAGGAUGAAAGUAAAAGAACUUGAAGCAUCUGAAGACAGACUGGAUAAAACUGAACAUAGUUUAGUAAGUGAGUUAGAAAAGCUGAAAUCUUUAACACUGAGCUUUGCUAGUGAAAGAAAACACUUCAAUGAAAGAGAAAAGCAGAAUGAAAAAUUAAUCCAGGAGCUAACACAAAAACUAGAACAAAACAACAAACUAAAUAGGGCAGAUCAAACUAGAAAUGCAUCAAACCUGCUAGAAAGAUCAUCAAAUAGUCUUCUGGAUAGAAAUGACCUGAGAAUUGAAGAUGACUUGACCUCUGCAUUGCCCUCUAAAGAAACCAGAAGAAAGGGAAGCUUGGAUUACCUAAAGCAUGUAGAAAAUGAAACCAGAAAUAAAUCAGAAAAUCAAAAGAAUAAAAAUCAAGAAGACAACAAAGUGAAAGAUCUCAACCAAGAAAUUGAGAAACUUAAAACUCAAAUUAAACAUUUUGAAUCUUUAGAAGAAGAACUUAAAAAAAUGAAAGCCAAAAAUAAUGACCUGCAAGAUAGUUAUCUGAGUGAACAGAAUAAAAACAAGCUCCUGACUGGUCAAUUGGAAGAAAUUAAAAUUCAAAUAAAGAAACAAAAGGAUAUGGAGAAUGGUGAGGUGGAAAGUGAAGAAAUGAGCUUCCCCAGCAGAAUUAGACAUGACAGACCUAAAUACAGAGGUAUCACAGCUGAGCCGGCAAUUUCAAAACACAAGUCACGGGAGCUUUCACCUCAGCAUAGACGAGAAAGGACACGGAACAGAGAAUUCUCUUCCAAUAAUGACAGUUAUACCACAAGUAGCAAGCAAGUUCCCAGUCCAAGUUUAAUUACUAGGAGAACAGUAAAGGCAUCUAGUACAUCUGCUCUACUAGACACUGUGAUUACUGAUACAAAAAGAAUGGAAGACAAAUCAGCAGUUGCUACAUAUUUAUCUAUGCAGAAAGAUAGUGUUGCUCCACAAAAUGAAGUGAAGAAAUCGAGAGAGCAGCCAUCUGUGCUGAGUCGAUACCCACCGGCUGCACAUGAGUACAAAUCUUGGAAAGCAUCUUCCAAACCUGGGAAUGAAAGUGGACUGAAGACCAAGGUUGAAAAGCCAUCUCAAAUAUUUAGUGAUGUUUGCCAAGGUAACUCUGAUGAAAAAUCAAGCAAAGGAGAAAUGACUAUAUCUUUGACUGAAAAGAUGAAAACAAGCCAAACAGAGAUGUCUGAUCUAUGUGUAGAGAUACCCUUUAUGAAAAGUAACCAUGCACCAUCCAAUGAAACAGCUUCAUCAUAUAGAUACCAUAUCUCUUCUCAGAUGUUAGCAGCUGAAUCCACCAGCUCUAAAGCAGAAGCAGCAACAGUCUCUGUUUUAUCUCAUAGACAGUCCCCAGAAGGGAAAUCUAAAAGAACAAUAAACUCCCAAGAAAGAGAAUUUACAGACACUUUUCAUGAAAAUACAAAGCCUCCGACUUUAAUAAAGUAUUCAAACAGCUCAAGAAGUCAAGAAGACAUCUUACAGAUUCUCACAAGUCAAGGUAAGGAAGGAAUGGACCAAUCUGCACCAUCAGUUACAGAUCAGACAAAUGUUGGCAUAAAAUCUGACUCUUUGAGAUCCAAAGCCAUCAAACCAGCUAGCCAUGAAAAACUUAGUACAGAUGAGGAGAUUGGUAAAAGCACCAAUGCUGCUACUGAGUCAGAACUGGAGACGAGAAAGAAACCCAGUUCCAGAGAAUUCUCAAGCUCCAGAGGAGUUCUCAGAGCAUCUCUCUUUGAAAAGGAUAAAAAUACUGGAAAUGAAGAUGACCCCCUCAAAUCCAUAAAGACAUCUUCAGAUGCCGCCAGCGUAGGAUUGAAAUCCAGAAGGUCAUUCAGCCCUAGAGAAGCUUUGAGAUCAAAAGCCAUCAUUAAACCUGUAAUAAUUGAAAAGGACAUGAAAGAAGUAAUGGGAGGGGCUGGGUCUGAAGAAUACUCUCAAAAACAGAAAUCUCUCUUUAAAACUGUGACAAAUAAAAUGACAAGCAGCAUAACAAUCUUCCCCUCUGAGCCAGCCAACACAAGGACCAACACAAAUGAAGCCGCAAAGGAAAGACAUACUUCUACCAGCAAUAUUAGAGUCACUCCAAAUGAGCUAUCAACCAUAACAAACAACAUCAGCACACCCUUUGAGAUCUCAAUUAAUAAGAGUGAUAUUGCUCUGAAAUUAUCUGAGGCAGAUAAAAUUGGGGAUUUAGCUCUGAGAAACAGGACGGAAACACUAAUCUCAAGAAGCAGUAUUAUGAUAAAACCUUCUGAACACAUUGAGAAGAACAAUUGUGAGCCAUCCUUAGAAUCAAUCAGCUGGAAAAGCCAUGGGCCUUUAGAAGCAGAUUCACCAGAGACAAAACACAUCACUCUGAGAAGUUCUUGGAGGACAAGGCGGGGAUUACAAUCUUUGGAAGACUCUCAGAUCAAAGUGGAAAAAAAUACAGCUUCCACUCGUACAAAGGCAUGCAAGUCAUCUACAGACCUCUCUGAAACGGAAGGGGCCAAUGCAAGAAUACAUUUACUUGAGCAGAAUUCAAGGAAGUCCAGGGCCACUAUUAAUUCUUGGAAUACCCCUGAAUUAGAAUUCCGAAGGACCCAAAGUAGCUUGAGUGCAUCUGAGCUAUCUACUCGAAGGAGCUACGUCCAUGAUCCCAUCACUGCUUCUACUUGGAAUCGCAUGACAUUACCAGAGGAAAGCAAAGAUUUUGUUCCCAGUUCCAGAAGAAAACAAUAUGGCUCUUCUGAGCAGCUGUCCCAGGCUGAGACUUCAGAGAAAAGGCCAACCUCCCAGAUGGAGCUGCAGCAGCGCCCUGGAACCAGCCCCCAUGCACAGCUGGGCUGCAAGACAGAGGACCAGGGCAUUUCCCGCUCCUCCCGGAUGACCUCUAGGAGAUGAACUUCUUUCCUUUCACCAAACGAACACUCCAUUUCGUGGGGCAAGAGCCAAGGCUGUUACCAGCUGCAUGGGUGUCAUUCCUGCCUUGUAAACGCAACGAAGCCUUCAGCUAGCCUGGAAUCUGUUUUCUAAUGUGAUUUGUGUGGGACAGAAGAUUAACGAGCACAUUUUCCUUCUCUGCCAGGAAGGUGGCUGCAGAGACUUCUCUCAGGGGAACCCCACUUCUCAUCUCUGGUCUGAGACUGGAUUUGUCUCCACAGGAAUAUAGGUCUGUAUCAGUAUGGAAACUCCUCUGGGUCCGUGGCCACUGCUUCUAUAGCCUGCUAUGGUACUUGCAGUACAAAAGAGAACCCUACAUUAACCACUGUAAUUUAUAAAGAACAGUAGAGCUACCCCAAUGGCCACAAUGCAACUGGCUCUUACAGCUGCUGAGCACAUCUGGAUUUUCAAAAGGAACCAAGUCCUUCCACGUCUGAAAGUUUUCAGUGUCAUGGUGAAAGUUUGCAUUAUUCUUAAUCUGACUCUGCUAUUGCUCAGUCAAAACACCUUGCACCAGGAAAGCACAUGAGUUCCCAGAUCUCUUCAGCCACAUGAAGGAGGAACGCAUUCACCCCAGGUCACAUCCAUGUGCAGAGAACAUUGCUUAGAGAGCUUCUUCACCAGGAUUCCUGCCACAGGCCUGGCAUGCCUUGCCACCCCAUUCCUCCUUGGCCAGAGAUUUGAUAAUACAAGGCUGUUUACUGAGCCAAGCAAAACAGCAAUGAACGCUUCCCCCAGCUUGGACCUGGCUGCCUUUCAGCCAGAGCUCUGUGCUCCCACUGCCCCUCCCACCCCCCUCUCCCGCCUUAGCUGCCAUGCACUGAGGUUCAUGAGUGGAGCUUUGCACCCUGCACUCGAAGGCAGAACCCUCCUCUCCAAGAGGCACAAAUGAGCAUUGAGCUAAACUGGGAUUGAUAUGCUCAGGCCAUUCUCCAGCCUUGCCAGGCGCCAUCCUGUGUGUCGCCCUUCUGGCCAGGGGCUGUUCUACCUUCUCCCCACUACCCCUCUGGAUAGGGGCUUUUCCUUGCCCCUCCCUGUUACCACACUGGACAGGGGCUAUUCCACGAACCUCCCAUCAUGCUUCAGGACAGGGUGAUUGCCUGAACCUUCCUGUCUCCCCUCUGGCCAUGCUGGGAGCCAUUCCACCCUGACUCCAUUGCAUUGGCUAUUAGUGCUGCAUGGCACCCACCCCGCACAGUGCGGGUGGGGGGGGUGCUACAUGGCUCCCAGCCCAGUCAGUGCCGUGAUCUCAUAGUCUGUUUGCUGUCAGGGAAGGCAGUUUGCAUGUGAACCACAGAUGGGUACAGAGCUCUCAUGUUCCCAUAGACAACCCCAUCCCUCU